CCCAAGAUCUCCAGCAUCUAGAUUUGCUCACUCAACGAACAUACCGUUUUUCUCUCCUUUGAUAAUUUUAUUGAUAACCUCUAUUUCCUGGAUCCAUGGUGCUGGCGCAUAGCCCUAUUGGCACCAUAUUGAAGUGAGAAUUAAAAUACUGUUUGAGAGAUGCUAUAUCUUCGCAGGAGAAUAAGGGUUUUAAGCUUGGGCGACUUGCGUUGAUCAUGGUCCAAUUUUUGGGCCCGGCUGGGAGACGAGAUUUUCCUCUCUCCGAACAUAGUCCCGAGGCUACACGGCUGCGCGAUGUCCAUAAACCCGAUUUGUUUUGGGGACGAAGGAGCAGGUUUCAGCAUCGUCCUAUGCUCUUCCUGGCUACCAAAACCUUCCACUAUUGCCAUUUCCCAAGGGUAGGGGAUGCCUACCGCCAACUGUUUCACAACAUCAUGACAGGUGAUUAG